AUGGUCAAGCAAGUCGCUGGUUCUAAGGCCCUUCUCCUCGGCUCGGGCUUCGUCACGAAGCCCACCGUCGAGGUUCUGAGCAAGGCGGGUGUUGAGGUCACUGUCGCCUGCCGUACCCUCGAAAGCGCCCAGAAGCUCUCCGAAGGCUUCCAGAACACCAAGGCUAUCUCUCUCGAUGUCAGCGAUGAUGCCGCUCUGGACAAGGCUCUUGAGCAGGCCGAUGUGGCUAUCUCGCUGAUCCCGUACACCUUCCACGCGGUGGUUAUCAAGUCGGCCAUCCGUACCAAGACGAAUGUCGUGACCACCUCGUACGUGUCUCCGGCCAUGCUGGAGCUGGAGGAGGACUGCAAGAAGGCCGGUAUCACGGUCAUGAACGAGAUUGGUCUGGACCCGGGUAUCGACCACCUGUACGCCGUCAAGACGAUCUCGGAGGUGCACGCGGCUGGCGGUAAGGUCACCGGGUUCGUGUCGUUCUGCGGUGGACUGCCUGCGCCAGAGUGCUCGAACAACCCGCUGGGCUACAAGUUCUCGUGGUCCAGCCGCGGCGUGCUGCUUGCGCUGCGCAACGCCGCCAAGAUCUACCAGGACGGCAAGGAAGUCAGCAUCGCGGGCCCGGACCUGAUGGCGACCGCCAAGCCGUACUUCAUCUACCCGGGCUUCGCGUUCGUGGGGUACCCGAACCGCGACUCGACAGGCUUCCGCGAGCGGUACGAGAUCCCAGAGGCGCAGACGGUGAUCCGCGGCACGCUGCGGUUCCAAGGCUUCCCGGAGAUGAUCAAGGUGCUGGUCGACACGGGAUUCCUGAAUGACGAGCCCAACGCGGUCUUCCAGAGCCCGUCGACCUGGAAGGAGGCCACGCGCCAGCUCCUGGGCGCGACGUCGUCGGCCGAGCAAGACCUGCAGUGGGCUGUUGCGUCCAAGACCGCCUUCCCCAACAACGACGAGCGCGACCGCCUCCUCUCCGGCCUGCGUUGGAUCGGCCUCUUCUCCGACGAGCAGAUCACGCCCCGCGGCAACGCCCUCGACACCCUCUGCGCCACCCUCGAGAAGAAGAUGCAGUACGGCCCCGGCGAGCGCGACCUCGUCAUGCUGCAGCACAAGUUCGAUAUCGAGCACAAGGACGGCUCGAAGGAGACUCGCACCUCCACCCUCUGCGAGUACGGUAACCCCUCCGGCUACUCUGCCAUGGCUAAGCUGGUCGGUGUGCCGUGUGGUGUGGCUGUGAAGCAGGUCCUGGAGGGUACCAUUGAGAAGAAGGGUAUCCUUGCCCCCAUGACCAUGGACAUCUGUGCUCCUCUACUCAAGACCCUGAAGGAGGAGUACGGCAUCGAGAUGAUCGAGCGCACGCUGUAA